AUGGAUACGAUAACGAGCAUGGUGGCCGAAAGGCCGGUGGUGAUCUUCAGCAGGACCUCUAGCUGCAUGAGCCACAGCAUCAAGUCACUGAUACGUAGCUAUGGGGCAAACCCUACAGUGUACGAGCUGGAUGAAGUUGCAAAUGGGCAGGCUAUUGAAAGGGCACUGGUUCAGCACUUCCAAUGCCAACCAAGUGUGCCGGCUGUUUUCAUAGGGCAGCAGUUCAUUGGUGGAGCUGAUCAGGUCAUGAGCCUCCAAGUCCAAAACCAGCUUGUCCCACGGCUCAUAAGGGCCAACGCUAUUUGGGUUUGGAACAGAACCUGA